AUGUUCGCCCUCCGCCUCCUGCACGCCUGGUGGGUGCUGCUCCAGGCAGGCGCGGCCACCGUGGCCACAGUACCUCUACGGACGCAGGGGCAGCCGUCGUCGCCGUCCCCUCUCGCGUACAUGCUGAGCCUCUACCGCGACCCGCUGCCCCGGGCGGACAUCAUCCGCAGUCUGCAGGCACAAGAUGUGGAGGUGGAGGGACAGAACUGGACCUUUGCUUUCGACUUCUCCUUCCUGAGCCAAGAAGAAGAUCUGGCGCAGGCUGAGCUCCGGCUGCCGCUGCCCAGCACCAUGGACCUCCCCGCUGAGGGCCGGCUCACCAUUGAGCUCUUCCACCAGCCAAAACUGGACACAGAGCAGGACCCAGCCAAGUGCCUGAAGCGUCUUCGGAUGGAACUGUUCACCCUCACUUUGUCCCAGGUCACUUUUUCCUCAGGCAGCAUGGUCCUGGAGGUGACCAAGCCCCUCUCCAAAUGGCUGAAGGACCCCGGGGCGCUGGAGGUGCAGAUGUCCAGUCUGACCAGAGAGUGCUGGUGGCCCUCCCCCAGCCGCCCUGCCGCUGUCACCGGUGUGCUCCUGAUGCUCUACUCCAACCUGCCCCGGGAGCAGAGGCGGCUGGGUGGCGCCACCUUGCUCUGGGAAGCCGAGAGCUCCUGGCGGGCCCAGGAGGGACAGCUCUCCCGGGAGAGGGGCCUGCGCCAGCGGCGACAUCACUUGCCAGACAGAAGCCAGCUGUGCCGGAAGGUCAAGUUCCAGGUGGACUUCAACCUGAUCGGAUGGGGCUCCUGGAUCAUCUACCCCAAGCAGUACAACGCCUAUCGCUGCGAGGGCGAGUGUCCUAACCCCGUGGGCGAGGAGUUCCACCCCACCAACCACGCGUACAUCCAGAGUCUGCUGAAACGCUACCAGCCCCAUCGAGUCCCUUCCACCUGCUGUGCCCCAGUGAAGACCAAGCCUCUGAGCAUGCUGUAUGUGGACAACGGCAGAGUGCUCCUAGAGCACCAUGAAGACAUGAUCGUGGAAGAGUGCGGGUGCCUCUGA